UUAAAGUUUUAUGUGAGUUUUAAUCUUAAAUUUGCAAGGAAAGAAACUUUUUUCAAAAGUGUGCAAAAGAAAGAAAGAAAUCGUGACAUUGGAAAAAGUAUCUAACCUCUUUACCCAAUUAUCACGCUAAAAACACGGUUGAACGCUUCGAGUACAGCCAUAAUAAUAAUAACAACAGCAACAAUAAAAAUAACUUGUUCGGGCUUUCAUUAAAACUAAAAAUGUCUAGCACGUUGAUGGUACCUUACGUUCUCGCCGUAUAUUUUCCUCCUAUCUGUUCCUUCGUCGAAGAGUUGGUGCACAUAUGUACGCAAUAGGUAUUCGUUGCAAGACACAUAUGUAUACGUGUAUGUAUGACUUGCAACUUUGACGGCAAAAUGGUUUCGUGCGAAAACGUAAGUUUGUUGAAUUAGAUUCUUGGCUGUGAAAAAAGAAAAGAAAAGAAAAGAAAAGAAAAAAGAACAAUGAAAUGAAAUGAAAUAGAAAAAGGAAUUUCAAGGAGAAGAGCGUCCGUUUGAUCGGAACGAUGGCACGGUGUUACAGGUACAGUCCGUUGGCGGGUGACCUCCUUGCGAACUCGAUGCUGCCAGGUAACGCGAUGAACGGUUCCGGUUGGUGCAUCUUUGUCUACAACCUGGCACCCGAGACCGAGGAGAACGUCCUGUGGCAGCUCUUUGGUCCUUUCGGCGCCGUCCAGUCGGUGAAGGUCAUCCGGGAUCUUCAGACAAAUAAGUGCAAGGGUUUUGGUUUCGUAACGAUGACCAAUUACGAGGAGGCGGUGGUGGCGAUUCAAAGCCUGAACGGUUACACUCUCGGCAAUCGCGUGCUCCAGGUCAGCUUCAAGACGAACAAGAGCAAAGCCGCGUAGGGCAA